AUGGGUAUCACCUGGUCGCUUUUCUUUCCUCCACCACCGAAUAUUACGGAGCGUAACCUACAAAGCCAAAACGGUAAAGUCUUCAUCGUCACUGGGGGUUACUCUGGGAUUGGCUUCGAACUCUGCAAAAUUCUAUAUCAAGCUGGUGGAAAGGUAUAUCUCGCUGGACGCUCCGAAGAAAAAGCCCAAGCGGCAAUAGCUGAAAUAAAGUCACUACCUCUCAAAAACACAUUAUCAACAGAAGCCGGCGAUAUUCUAUUCCUGUCUAUAUCGUUAGACGAUUUGAAGACGAUCAAACCUGCGGUUGAUACCUUUACCGCAUCUGAAUCCAGGCUAGAUGUCUUAUUCAAUAAUGCAGGCGUCUCUAACCCUCCGCAGGGAUCCGUAUCAUCCCAGGGUCAUGAACUCCAGCUUGCAACAAACUGUCUGGGGCCACAUUUAUUUACCCAGCUUCUCUUGCCAACAUUACAGAAAACGGCCAGAUCAUCACCGUCUGCUAGUGUGCGUGUCAUUUGGACAGGUUCUAUUGUCGUUGAUCUCUCCGCUCCCAAGGGUGGACCUUCAAUCGCAGAUUUCGAACAACCAUCCACCGAUCAACAAAGGAAUUAUACCAAUUCAAAGUUAGGGAACUGGUAUCUGGCUAAGGGACUCGCGGAGCAGGCCGGUGGUGAUGGCAUUCUGAGUCUGGCACAGAACCCUGGUAACCUCAAGACUGCUCUUGUUCGACACAUGCCAGCUAUUGUACCCAUAAUCGUUCGACCGCUACUAUAUUCUGCCAACUAUGGUGCCUAUACCGCGCUUUGGACGGCUUUCUCAAAGGAAUUGACCAUUGACGACGGUGGAAAGUACGUCCUUCCUUGGGGCCGGUUGCACCCUAGCCCACGAGCGGACUUAUUAGAAGCAAUGAAAAGUGGCGAGGAUGGUACUGCGGGCAAUGGAGCCAAAUUUGUGGAGUUCUGCGAUAGACAUAUUGGAGAUUUUAGGUAA